AUGGCGAAUAAUAAAAUUGAUCCCGCUUCCCCUUUUUAUCUUGGUUCUGGUGAUCAACCCGACAAUUUGAUUACUCACGUGAUCUUGAAGGUGACGUGGUUUGUUGAUGGCACCAUCUCCAAACCAACUGAGAAGAAGAAGAUGUUAGACUGUGAAACCGUGAAUUCGAUGUUGGUUUUUUGGAUUUUGAAAGCUAUUGAACCGAAAUUAGCAGCCUCUAUACCGUAUUUUGAGGAAGCAAAGAAACUUUGGGUAUACUUGGAGAAGCGUUUCUGUGAAGCUAAUGGCCCUCGCUUGCAACAAUUACAUGUGGUUAUCACCGGUUACGUUGUAAGCAAUCGACCACCAUGA